AUGUUCUCGUUCACUCGCCUUCUCGCCGCCGCUUCCCUCGCGACCGCCGCCUUUGCAUGGGAGGAGCCCACGACCACCGUCACUGUGACUGCCACGCCCACGGCUACGUCCGUCAGCCAGUGCAACGUCGCCGGCGGCGCGCAAUGCUGCCAGACGACCACGACUGCGGGGUCCGUUGCGGGUGCCGCCGCGCUUGCGCUCAUCGGCGUUGUUGUUGAGGACCUCGAGGACCUGAUCGGGAUCGGCUGCAGCCCUCUGACUGUCGGACAGUCCUGCAGCUACGCCCCUGUGUGCUGCGAAGAGAAUGGCUUUGGCGACCUCAUUUCCAUCGGCUGCGUCAACAUUGUCCUGUGA